AUGAGCAAGCGUCGCAUCUCAGAAACUAUAUCACCAUCUCCUGAUCCAUCUCCGGUAUCUACCUCGGCAGUAUCCCAAGCAGCACCAGCACCUAAACGACGCAGAAUGCGACGACGGCAAUACCUAUCAGUCGACCCUCCAUCUCCAGAGGACUACUACCACGCGUCACCAACUACAACCCCGGUAUCACCUACUAUCCCACCUGCGCCAUCAUCCCCUCCACCACCACAACCACAACCAUCCUCACCACCAUCCCUACCCCCAAGAUCAACCCCCCGAUAUCGACACAUCCUCCCCAAACCACCAGUACCCACUACCAUUUCCACCCCCAAACCUCCUACACACUCACCUCAUCCCCAACCCCAACCCCCAAAAGGGACCCCCCAACCCCCCAAAAAUCAUCAAAAUCGAAGAAAAUCCAAAAUCCACCCCCACCUACCCCCCAUCCUCCACCACCUCCGCACACCCCUCCACCCACUCGUCUCCAGCACAACCGGCCACGAACACCCCGACUUCCCUCUCUCCUUACUACAAUACAACCUCCUCACGUCGGAUCAACUCGACAGACUCGCCGUGCAUUUCCAUCAGGUGCAUCCGCCGGUGCGUGGCUCGUUCUGGUAUCCGGUCAGGAUUGUGCCGUGGCUUAGAUGGGAUGGUUCUGAUGGUGGUAAGGGGGGGUAUGUGGGGGAUGCGGAGGUGGGGUUGGAGGUCAAGAGGAGGAGGUUUGGGAGGUUUAUUGGGUUGAGAGGGUGUGAGGGGGAUUAUCAUCGUUCUCGUUCUGGGGGUGGGGGGAGGAAAUUAGGGAGGAAAGGGAGGGGGAGAAAGGGGAGGAGGGAGGUGGAGGUGGAGGUUGAGGAGGGGGAGAUUAGGGAGGAAGAAGUUGUGGUGGAUGAGGAAGAGGAAGUGGAAGAGGAAACGGCAGAGGAGAUGUUGGCGAGGAUGGAGAGGCAGUGGUUUGAGGCGAUGGUGAGGGCGAGGUAUGAGGGGGAGUAUGCGAUGAGGUGGAAGAUGGGGAGGGGGUGA